AUGAGAAGGAAUCAAAAGGCACAAACUACUAGCCUUACCCCGAAACCAGCGGGAGUGAAAAAAAACCGGGACAUCGAGAAAUUCUUUGGGAAACCAGCAGAAGAAGUAGAGCAGUCGGACGAUUCAAAUAUGGCGGAUGUGGAAGAUACGCAGGGCCUCAACCCGAGCCCGGCCUGCACUACACCAGACCUUACUGCCAUACACGCUCUUCUAGCAGACCUGCCUAACAAAUUUGACCUCGCCCAGCUGCUUACCGACAUUAAAUCGUCGAUUAAACAAGAAGUCACAGUGCUGCAAACGGAGCUAUGUAAGCUUACCGAUAGGAUGACGACAUUAGAAGCAUCGCAGCAGGCCGCGGCACGCAAAACAAGCCAUCUGUCCACUAAAGUCAUUACUGACGACACAUUUACCACCGGCUUUGGGACGCGCACGUCUCAAGAGCCAAGUACCGCAUUUAUGAUCCAAGUAACUGUUGGUUUACCGCACCAUAGGACUCCCUUCUAUGAAGAGACACAUGGGACAUAUCUAUGGACGCAAUGA